AUGUUCUGCCAUGUGUCUCAGCACUGUAGUGGAGACAUGGCAGAUGAUGAAGGCUUCACGAAUCUGCAGUGCAGCUGCAUCCAGGCUUCUUUCUUUGAUGUUUCGGUGUACACAGGCUUUUCCCCUUUGCAAAAACACACAUACCGCAGCUUGUGCAUGCUUCUUCUACUUGGCUCGAGGGUGCAAGACGCUGCGCUUUUUGCGAGCAGAGCCACAAGCAUCGGCACUAACACCACAGCAUGUCUCGCUAAACAGGCCAGCACAGUUCUGGAGCUUGGUGAUCAGCAUCUCGUUCGGAUGGGUGGCACAAGCUCGCUGGGGGGCGUGCAAGCUGAGGAUACUUGGAAGGACGAACUGCGCUGUGAGCUGGGGGAGAGGGAAGGGCAGCUCGAUCGACAAAGAAGGAUUGCGGAGUUGCUCAGUCGCUUUGAUGGCGAUGGCGGCGAUGGCGAAGUCUUGGAUGUCUUGGGCCUCGACCUCGACGAUAGAGGCCGGGGUUUCAUUCUGACGGCAGAGCUGCAGCCUGCCACGCAGCGCUUGAUCGACCGCUUGGGCUGCCGUCACCCGGAGACGUUGCAGCGAGUCUCACAAGUCUAUGCCUCGGUGGCUCGGCGUCAGGGCCUGAGCCUCACCGAACUGAAAGGCUACGUGGCUUGCGUGCUGACGCAGAUCUUGCGGGAGCUUGACGCAGGCGCUCCCCAAGCGCACCAAGCGCCCCAAGAACCUGCGACCGGUCCGAGGGGACCAGGCAGGCCGCCAGGCGGCCCAGCCUGCAGCCCAGGCUGUGCUGAGGUGCCUGAACCGAGUGAGCUUCAGCGCUUGAUGCAGGAGCUCAGCUCCUUGAACCAGUCGCUGGACCGCAGAGGCAGAGGCUGUGAACUGCCGGAGGAGGAAGGCGCAAGCGCCGCGAGGGGCGACGGCGAAGCCGACGGCGAAGCCGACGGUGCGGAGGGAGAGGAGAUGCGGCUUCUGAGGAAGGAGCUCGAGGCGCUGAGCCUCUCCUUGCGAUCAGUGAGAUCUCGAACCUCCGUGGAGCCGUCGGUGGAGCCGCCGUCGGAGCCUGUCUUUGAGGCAAGGCGCGCAGAUGAACUUCGGACACCCCCAGAAAGAGAGGUUCCCGAAGUUCCUUGCGGGCCAUGCGGCCUUGCACGCCCUGCGGGAUCGGACCCCGCAGUGGCCGCGCCCGCUCAGCGGGAUAUUCACAGCUUGGGCAGCUAUCCACCAGGGGCUGUCAUCGAUCCAGGCAACACCUAUGCACGAGCGCUACGUCAUGCACAGAGGCUGUCGCCGCAGCCUGGUGUAGAGCCUGGUCGUCAGUCAGUUGAAGGGGGCGCGAGAGCGGCGGCGAUGGCGAUGUGGCCAGUUCGGGAGACAAACGGCACUUGUGAGCCUGAUCAUGCAGUGCUGAGGCCAAUGGCGGAUGGCUGGCAGUCCCGCUUGAAGGGUGCGAGCAAGGGCAUCGCCCACGGCUGGCAGGCCUUUGCGGAGACGAUGGAUGGGAUCUUUGUGCCCGAAGCCGGAGUGGACGCCGUGACCGCGGAGGUAGAGGACGUGGAAGAUUUUAAGGGCGAAGGCGAAGGCCUCCAUCGGCCGGACGCCGCCCACGACGACGUGCCUUCCAUAUUCCGGCAGCCGAGUGUUGAGGAGGUUCGGGAGCUUUUGGAGCAAGAGGGCCUUCCAGCACAUGUUGGGAUCGCUUCUGCCGGGUGCUUCUGCCUGAAGAAGCUCUGCCUGGAUCGGAGCUCGCAGCCGUCUCUCUACGUGCUGGACUGCGAGUCCUCGGUGCCGGCUUUGUUUCUGGGCAUGCAAGGCUUCUGCCUGCAUGAGCUGCGCCGCGUCGUGCUAGGUACUGCUCCGUCUGCAAAGCCCCUGUUGUCCUUGGAAUUCGACGAAGGCUUUCUUCCAGUCCGACUCGGCAGUGCCACGGUGCUCUAUGGGCUUCUCGGCGUGCUUUGCGAAGGUCGCCAGGUGCAAAUCUUGCAGCAACCAGACUGGUCAUAA